AUGAAGUACAUCCAAGAUUGCGACGACAGCACCCAAGUUCUCCCCGCGCUCUAUCUCCUCGGCCUUCUCACCAACUACAACAAAUUCGAGUUUCAGAACCCGUAUAGACUGCGGCUAGACGACUUUGUCAACGAUGCUAUCAUACAGGAUAUGGUCGCUUGUUUUGGGAAUACAUGUACAAAGCUGCGGGACGCCUAUGUAGCUGUACAGGACGACAUGCCAGAGGGCUGGUCGCUGGGCUCGACGUUGAGUUAUAUUGGCCUGGGUGCUCUUGCUCCCAGUUCCCGGCCAACGACACCUGUGCCGGCUCCAGAGGACGCGAAGUCGCUCUUCGCUGCAUUACCAGGACCUGAGAUUGGCGUACUACUCUCCACGUACGACUUCGCCAACGCGAACAAAGUCUUCUGCUUCAACCUAGUCAAGUCAGCCCCAGCGGACAAGAACGAGCCCUCGCCGCUGAGCGCAUACCUUUCCUUGACGUCCUACAUGUUUCAACACGCGCAUCGGUCUACCAGGGCCGCACUGUACACAUACCUCAGCCUCUUCGUGCUGCAAAUACUUGUCGAAGACCGAGAGCUCGCCAAACGCCUAUGCAGUGACGAGUCCAAGCUUUCGGUGCGCUUGUGCCGUCAGAGACAGCCCUACCUGCCGGCAGUGAGGGGCGAUCGUGUCCCUGCAGCUGUCAUACUAGACAUGAUGUCUGACGCCAUCAGCCAUAACCUGCGGAGGCGAUUAGACGUUGACUUCUACAUCCUCUGCCUCGGCGUUCUAUUACGUCUCCUUUCGCACCUCAGUCGAACCAAGACGCGCAUCACAUACCAUUGGUCGGAGCUGUGGCGGACCCUGCUCUCCUUCGUCCGCUUCCUCACCACCUACGAAAGCGACAUCAAGUCCAACUACAAAUCAAACGGAAUGAUCAACAUACUUGUCAAUCUGCUGGCCUUUGCACUGUCUAGCGGAGAGAACUUCCUGCCCGACCCUGCAUCGUAUGACGACUUAUUCUACAAGCUCGUGGAAAGCGGCGACACACUGAUCAAGUUCCGGGACACAUUUGGGUUAUCAGGCCAAUCAGACUCCAUGCAGACGCUCAUCAAUGUGUCUUCACAUUACCAAUCCCUGCUGGAGAGCAAUGGAAAAGCGCGGUCCAAGCAUCUUAGCCCGCAAGAAGUCAGCGCCGUCAUCAAACAGGGGUACGAGACGUUGUCGAUCGAUGCGAGCGAGGGUUUGGAUCGUUGGGAAAAAUUCCGGGAGGCGGACUUCAAAUCUCUGCUGAAGAAGAUUGCUAGAGCGGCGGUAGAAGAUGCCAAAGCACUGAAUGACGACAAUUGA